AAAUCCACCAAAAACAAAAAAUGUCGACUUCUAAAGCCAUAACCUUAACUCUCUUCAUUGCAACAACAUUACUAGCGCCCUGCAACGCAGCCGCAAACGCAACAACGAAGCCGCUCUUCCCAGCGAUUCUAAUCUUCGGUGAUUCAACCGUCGAUACAGGAAACAACAACUACCCUUUACCAACAAUCUUCAGAGCUGAACACUUUCCUUACGGCAUGGAUCUUCCAGACGGAAAAGCUAACGGAAGAUUCUCAAACGGAAAACUUAUCUCCGACAUAAUCGCAACCAAACUCAACAUCAAAGAGUUUAUUCCUCCUUUCUUACAACCAAAUCUCUCCGACCAAGACAUUCUAACCGGAGUCUGUUUCGCAUCAGCUGGUGCCGGUUACGACGACCUGACCAGUCUCUCGACACAAGCCAUUCGUGUCUCGGAACAACCAAACAUGUUCAAGAGUUACAUUGCUCGUCUCAAAGGUAUCGUGGGAGACAAGAAAGCGAUGGAGAUCAUAAACAAUGCCUUCGUGGUUGUGAGUGCAGGGCCUAACGAUUUCAUUUUGAACUAUUACGAAAUUCCCUCAAGGCGUCUCGAGUAUCCUUUCAUUUCUGGUUACCAAGACUUUAUUCUUAAGAGGCUUGAAAAUUUCGUGCGGGAGCUUUACAGUUUAGGUGUCCGGAAUGUUUUGGUUGGAGGUUUACCGCCAAUGGGGUGUUUACCGAUCCAUAUGACUGCUAAAUUCCGCAACAUUUUUAGAUUCUGCUUGGAACACCAUAACAAAGACUCUGUUUUAUACAAUGAGAAACUUCAGAAUCUCUUGCCCCAAAUCGAAGCAUCUCUUCCAGGAAGCAAAUUCCUUUACGCCGAUGUCUAUAAUCCUAUGAUGGAGAUGAUCCAAAACCCUAGCAAAUACGGGUUCAAAGAGACGAAGAGAGGAUGUUGUGGAACAGGGUUCCUGGAGACGAGCUUCAUGUGUAAUGUUUUUUCUCCUGUGUGUCAAAAUCGGUCGGAGUUUUUGUUCUUUGACUCGAUUCAUCCAUCGGAAGCUACCUAUAAUGUCAUAGGCAAUCUUCUGGAUCCUCUAAUUCGUGGAAAGUUCCAGGCUUAAGUCAUCACGAGUUGCAAAACUGACACAAUUAAUUUUCUUGUUUCUUUAAUGCGACUAGUUGUGGACUUUCGUUUAUGAAUCAAAUGUAACUUUGGCUCCUAUUAGUGCCAAAUAUGCCACAACUAAAUCAAUUGACUCUCAUUUUCUGGACAAACGAAGAAAAGAAAUCAGUUUCAAGUUCAAUAAUUCUCGGAGUAUUUGCAGACAUUUAUGAAGUUCGACUAUUCCUGCAUAAUCUUUCCGCAAAUGCUUGUGAUACUUGGC